CCGUCUCACCGGAAACAACUCUCUCUGUCUCUAGGGUUUAUACAUUUCGAUGGAGAAACAGAGUCCCAAACCAGUAUGCGGCCAAGAAGCUCUCAAUCUCCUGAAUUGCGUCGCGGAUUCACAGUUCGAUCAAGAGAAAUGUCUCAGAUUCUUGCAAUCUCUCAGAGAAUGCGUUCUCUCAAAGAAAGUUAAGAAUUUCUCCAUACCGGGUCAAGACCAUGUCUCUGAGGGAGCAGCUUCAGCUACAAAGAAACCUUCAUAAGUCUCUUUUGUUCCCAUUUUCUUGUAUACUUUUGAGUUGUAGUCACAUAGUUGAUUUAAUGUAAUGCCUCGGGGCUCAGAAGUUGGGUCACGUCACGUUUCCCCAUUGUUGUCUUGUGUGUUUGAAUAUUUCAUGUGUUAUACCAUCUUAUAUUGGCUAAUCUUUGAUUCUCCA